AUGAGGAAGACUCUGCUACCGCUGCUGGCCUCUCUGGCCUUUGCCUCUCUCACGGCUUCGACUGAUGGAGCUCCACUCAAAGUCAUGUCGGCCCCCAACCUGCUGAGAGUGGAAACGACAGAAAACAUCUUUGUGGAGUGUCAGGACUGCACCGGGGGAGACAUCAGGGUCCAAAUCACCGUGAUGAGACACCCAACCAAGACUGAAACCCUCGAUUCCACGUCUGUGACUCUCACCAGGCAGAAUAACUACCAAAUGUUUGGACAAGUCAAGAUCCCGGCUGCAGCAUUCAGCAAGGAUCCCAGCGUGAAGCAGUACGUUUACCUGCAGGCUCAGUUUGACGAUCAGUUACUGGAGAAGGUCGUCUUAGUUUCCUUCCAGUCUGGAUACAUCUUUAUCCAGACAGAAAAGACCGUCUACACCCCCGACAGCAGCGUUCAUUACAGGAUGUUUGCUGUGACGCCCCAGAUGGAGCCUGUGGAGAGGGAUCCACGAACCUUAUAUGAAGCCUCUAUCGCCACUGAGAUUGUGACCCCUGAUGGCAUCAUUUUACCACUUGAUACAGUCUCUCUGAGAUCAGGGAUUCAAUAUGGCUCUUAUCGACUCCCUGAAAUCGCAAGUCCUGGCCAAUGGAAGGUGGUGGCCAGGUUUCAGAAUAAUCCACAACAAAGCUAUUCAGCAGAUUUUGAGGUGAAAGAAGAUGUGCCUCCCAGUUUUGAGGUGAAACUCAAGCCUCAGGUCCCCUUCUUCUACGUGGACAGCAGCAACCUGACUGUGAAAAUCAGUGCAACGUAUCUGUUCGGCGAAGCGGUACACGGGACGGCUAAUGUGGUGUUUGGGGUUAUGCAGGACGGUCAGAAGAAGGGCUUCGCAGCCUCUCUUCAGAGGUUCCCAGUCCAGCGGGGCGAGGGGAGGGCCGUACUGAAGAGUGAGCACAUCACUCAGACCUUUCCCAACAUCCAGGAACUUGUCGGAGACUCCAUUUUUGUCUCUGUCAGUGUGUUGACCAAGCUGGGUGGUGAAAUAGUAGAGGCAGAAGUCAGAGGCAUCCAGAUUGUCUCUUCACCCUACACUAUGAGCUUCAAGAAAACUCCCAGAUACUUCAAACCAGCAAUGUCAUUUGAUAUCACGGUUGAAGUUUUGAACCAUGACGAGACUCCAGCUGGAAACGUUCCAGUGGUGGUUUUUCCUGGUGACAUUCAAGGUGUCACUGCGAGCAAUGGCAUUGCAAGGCUCACCGUCAACACAGGAAACUUCCAAAGUCUCAGCAUCGUCGCCAGGACCAAUGAUCCUCGACUCCUACCGAAAAUGCAGGCAGAGGCCGGAAUGACAACACAUUCAUUCACCAGCAACACUACCAGAUUCAUCCAGAUUGGUGUGGAUUCAGCAGAUCUACAAAUAGGAAACAACCUGAAAGUCCAUCUGUACUUAAACAGUUUGACAAAUGAGAAUCGAGACAUCACGUACCUGAUCCUGAGCAGAGGUCAACUGGUGAAUUUCGGACGUUUCAAGACACAAGGGCAAGUGUUGAUUGCCCUGAAUAUUCCCAUCACCAAAGAAAUGCUGCCGUCUUUCCGCAUCAUCGCUUACUACCAUGCAGACGAUGAAGUGGUGUCAGACUCUGUUUGGGUGGAUGUGAAAGACUCCUGCAUGGGCUCGUUGAAACUGGAGCUGGAGAGACCUGCAGCAUCCUAUCACCCUGGCAGGAUGUUGCGUCUGAAGGUCACCGGAGACCCCGGAGCCACGGUGGGACUGGCGGCGGUGGACAAAGGCGUCUCCGUCCUGAACAACAAGCACCGGCUCACGCAGAAAAAGGUGUGGGACAAAGUGGAGGAGCACGACACUGGCUGCACACCAGGCGGAGGGAAGGACGGCAUGGGAGUUUUCUAUGAUGCAGGGCUGCUGUUUGUGACCAAAACUGCUUCAGGAACUCCUCAUAGACUAGAACCGAAAUGUGCAGAACCUCAGGCAGCAAGACUGAAGCGAGCGUCUCCUCUGAUGGAGGUUCCCACCGCUUUAGUUGAUAAAUACAAGUCGAACAAGCUGCAGAAGGACUGCUGCGUGGAUGGUAUGAGGGAAACGUCUCCUUCAUACAGCUGUGAGAGACGCAGCGAGCACAUCGUCGAUGGCCCGGCCUGUGUGGAGGCCUUUCUGGACUGCUGCAGAGAGAGAGCGCAGCGAGCUGACCACAAGGAGGACCGUGUCAAACUGGCUCGCAGAGAAGAAGACGAUGACCGUUACAUGGACAGCGCUGACAUCGUCACUCGCAGGAGUUUCCCUGAAAGUUUUCUGUGGACUGAUGUCAAACUGCCCCCCUGUCCUGCUGGAGGACCGUGCGGACUGACAUCAAUUCAGAAAAGUGUCCUCCUGCCAUACUCCAUCACGACCUGGCAGCUCACCGGCAUCAGCCUGUCGCCGACUCACGGAAUCUGUGUUGGAGAGCCGUUGGAGGUUAUUGUCCGUAAAGAAUUCUUCAUCGACCUCAGCCUGCCUUUCUCUGCUGUCCGAGGAGAGCCGCUGGAAAUACAAGCCAUCCUCCACAACUACACUCCUGAUACAAUCACUGUGCGAGUGGAUCUGAUGGAGGAGCAGCACGUGUGCAGUGCAGCGUCCAAACGUGGGCGGUAUCGACAGGAGGUCAACGUAGGACCCCAAACCACAACAUCGGUGCCGUUCAUCAUUGUCCCCAUGAGGGAUGGGGAGGUCCAGAUUGAGGUCAAAGCGGCUGUCAGGGACUCCAUUCUCAGUGACGGCAUCGUGAAGAGGCUGUGGGUGGUGCCUAACGGUGUACUUGUUAAGAGUUCUAAGAUCGUCACUCUGGAUCCUAAAGGUGGAAUACAAGAAGAAAUUCUCAACAGUCAAAUUCCCAGAAACGAUAAUAUGAUUCCAAACUCACCUCAGAGCACACACAUCUCUGUGACAGGAAGAGAAGAUGUUUCAGGUCUCGUGGAGAAUGUCAUCAGUGGGAAGUCCAUGGGCGCACUGAUCUACCUGCCCGUAGGCUAUGGAGAGGAGAACUUGAGCCACAUGACUCGGGCUGUCAUUGCAACCAUAUAUCUGGACAGAACCAACCAGUGGGAGACCGUCGGCUUUCAGAGACGUGCUGAAGCCCUUCAACACAUCAAGACUGGCUACAGUCGGGAGUUGACUUACCGUAAAAGGGAUGGGUCUUUUACCGUGUUUCCGACUCGCCCGAGCAGCUCCUGGCUGACAGCCUAUGCUGCUAAGGUGUUUACCAUGGCCCAUAGUCUGGUGAUCGUGCAGGAAGAAGUGAUCUGUGAUGCCAUCAAGUAUUUAAUCCUUAACACGCAGCAGCCCGACGGCAUGUUUCGAGAAGUUGGAACCGUGAGCCACGCAGAAAUGACUGGAGACGUAAAGGGAAGAGAUUCAGACGCCUCCAUGACGGCCUUCAAGCUGAUCGCAAUGCAGGAGUCACGGGCGCUAUGUGCUGUUACCGUUUUUAGUCUGUCAUUCAGCAUAAACAAAGCAGUGAGUUACCUGGAGAGGCGUCUGAACAGCCUCACCAAUCCUUACGCCGUCGCCAUGACUUCCUACGCGCUGGCCAAUGAAGGCAAACUCAACCGGGAGGUCCUCUACAGAUUUGUUUCCUCAGAUUUGUCUCACUGGCCUGUAGCUAAGGGACAUCGAUACACACUGGAGGCCACAGCGUACGCUCUCCUGGCUCUGGUCAAGACCCGGGCUUUUGAAGAUGCCAGGCCUGUAGUGACAUGGUUCAACCAGCAGCUUGUGAGCGAAGGCUUUGGAUCAACCCAGAUGACAGUCAUGGUGUACCAGGCUCUAUCAGAGUACUGGAUCAGUGCUGAAAAACCAGAGUACGACCUGAACGUGGACAUUUUGAUGCCGGGAAAGCCGAAGCCUUACAAGUUCAACGUGAACAGAGAAAACCACCACCUCACAAGAACAUUGAAGAGUAAUGGAAUAAAUCAGGACGUGCUGGUGAGAGCCACAGGAUCAGGAGCAGCAAUCGUAAAAAUGGUGUCCGUGUACUACGCUCCGUCUCAAGAAAAACAGAGUGACUGUCAGAGGGUCAACAUGUCAGUCAAGCUCAUCCCAGAAGCACAAGGUGUGAAUUUCUCCCAUCCAGAGAGGAAAGCCAGACAGCCUCUGUUGCUCUGCAGAGGUGGUGAAUACACCUGCGCUGAAGGGAGCUGCAGUACGCAGAAGAAGGGCAAAAUCAGCAAUGAUGAGCGGAGCGCUAAGAUUUGUGAGGCAACACUGACCAGCAAAACUGAUUUUGCAUACAAAGUACAGCUGGAGGAGACAGUCGCUGAUCUGUCCACAGACACUUACGCUAUGAGAAUACUGUACGUCAUCAAAGAAGGAGACACUGAUAAUGCUCCUGUGGAUAAACUGCGCCCGUUCCUCAGCCAUCAGCACUGCAGAGCUGCUUUAGGUCUUCAAAAGGGUAAAACAUACCUCAUCAUGGGCUCGUCCCGAGACAUCCUCAGAGAUGACCAAGCGCAGACGUUUCAGUACGUGCUUGAUGAGAAGACCUGGGUUGAGUACUGGCCCACAACAGAAGAGUGUCAAACAGAUGAACACCGACUGUCCUGUUUGGGCUUGGAGGACAUGCUUCUUAUGUCUACACUCUUUGACUGA